ACGCUCGAUAGCCUCGGCCCAGCCCCCUCCUUAAUUAGCCGCGGCCGAAGCCGCUCAUUAGCGGCGACUGGGGACGGGUGCCCUCCCCGCGGAGGCGGGAGCGAGGGGAGCGCCGCCGGCCCCGGCGGUGCGGGCACCGGCAGCGGCACCGGCAGCGGCACCGGCAGCGCAGCGGGGCUGGAGCCGGGCCCGGCGGAGGGAUGGGGCAGCGGCGGGGCCCGGCCGUGCUGCUCCUCGCCCUGGGGCACCUGGCCGGGCUGCUGGCAGCGGCACCCGCCUGCGCCGACGCUUACCGCGGCCUCUCGGACUGCGUCCUCAAGCUGGGGGACAGCAUGGCCACGUACGAGGAGGAGGAGGGCAUCGAGCUGCAGGGGCUGCGCCGAGUCUGCAGGUAUUGGGAUGAGUUCCACACCUGUGCCCUGACGGUGCUCUGGGAGUGCCAGAAGGAAGCAGCAGCUGUCUGGGAGAUGCUGAGAAGGGAGUCUCGAAAAACCAAAUUUCAAGGUAGCUUGUUUGACCUCUGCAGCCCCAGCAUGGCCCAAAGCUCUGCCUGGACCCACGUUCCCAACAUUUCCAUCCUCAGCAUCCCUCUCAUCGUCACUUGGCUGAACUUAUAAACUGCAGCUCUGUGAGUAUCCCAGCAAAAGUGGUGGCAGGGUGUGGCAUGGCAUCUUUCAGAUGUUUUCCAAACCUUUGAGGAAUACAUUGUGUGGAGCUCAGAAACUCCCAGCUCCAUCCUGCACCUGGGAGACGUGGAAGAGCUCGGCAGCAUCUCCAGGGUGUGGAAAUUUCUCUGUAAUUUGGAGCAACUCCUCUCCCCCUUCUGCCUCAAGGCACAGGCACAGAUCUGGCUGUCAGGAGAUUUGGGAACUUGUAAAUACAGGGCACAGGAUUUGGGGAGAAAUGAUAAAUUCUGGAAAAAGGAUGAAUGCUGGAUACUUCUGCACUCUUUUAUGGCAACUGGAAGGAAACCUGUUUACUUUGCUGACUCUUUCCACCAGAUCGACUCUCCAGGGUUUUGAUUUGGACACUCAAAACAAGAUGGGUAUUUUUCCCACUGCUCCAUGAGGUGCAGGGGAUGGUGUCUGUCCUGUCACAGGCUGAAGGGAGACCUUACUGCCCUGUACUGGCCUUUUUCCUUUGAGGACGUGGUAAAACCCCUGCUGAACAAUAAUCACAGUUGCAUUACUUCUCUUGCACACAUCUGAAUUCCUGGGUAACUUCUGUGUUAUGUGUAAAUCCCUUUCCUAUGGACAGAGGUGAAAAAUAUCUGAGGGGAGAGGGAAUAUCAAACUAGGAGGACAAAAGGGAUUUACAGCAACUCUUCUGCUUUAAAGCUUUCCCCAAGGUACCUGUAAGCAGCUGUGGGUAGAAGUGUGUAAUUCCAGAGUAUUAAAGUUUGUUGUAGAGCCAA